CAUCUUGCUUUACUUGUGUUUAUUGUUUGCUGCUCCCCGCGUCCGUGCUGAAUUAAAUAUAAAAUAGUAGUGAAGUUGUGUAAAUAAAUAGUCAAUAAACGCAUAAUACAUCAUUGUAAAGUAGUUUGAAGCGUUUUACGAUAUACAUUUCGUGAGUGGAAGCUUCUGAGGAUGUAAAAACGUUAAAAUUAUAUUCGAUAUUUGUAAUGGCUUCCUCCGCGUCCCCCUGGUCUUUGUCCACAAUGACAGGGGAUAUUGUUCUUUCGUGUUAUUCAAAACUUUACCCUUAAUGGUUUUUUUCACCUUUUUUUGAAUGGAACAUGAUUCUUUAGUUUUAUUAUUUUAUUUUCAUUAUGAAUACAAGUGAGAACAAUCCUUUAAAUAAUGGAACUCAUAAUUCUAGCAAUUCGGAGGUUGAAAGAUCCUUACCGUCGUCAACUAUUCCUACUGACUUGCGGGUCAAUACUACUGCGCUAAAUACUGUUGCAUUGAGUGCCAGUGUAGCCAAGUAUUGGGUAUUAACCAAUCUUCUAACAUCUCCUAUACCACAAGUUUCUGUUUAUGGUCCACUAGGGACUGGUAGAGAUGGGCAAAAAUUAACUCAGGAAGCUAUGCUGUCUCAACAUGGGCUCAUGCCAACAGAUCCUUUAUUGAUACCUCAACACUCGCAAAUUCCUGUCAGUAUUGCCACAUCACAAGGUGUUGCAAGUUUAGCUAUUCCAACUGGAGCUAUGCAUAUUGAUGGUCAACAUAAUCAUCCAUCUUUAGCUCAUCAUUCUCAGCAGCAAUCUGACAUGCCUAAUCAACAAAAUCAAAUUAGAGAGAUGUCCCAACAUCCAACACAUUCAUCCCACUCUCAACAUUCACAGCAGCAGAAUAUGGUGCAAGUACAGGUGCAGGAUAAUUUGGUAUCAGUUAUUGAAGACAAUAAAGAUCAUAAGGAGGCGAUAGCCAAUCAUAUUGUACAAGCUCAUGCUCAUGCCCAAGCACAACUUCAUAUCAAUGAAAACCAUCAUAUGAACCAUCAAGCUCUCACAGUACAACAGUUACAGCAUCAAGUUCAACAAGUAUUGGAUAAUGUGGUACGUUUGGAAAAUUCUGUAGAAAACAAUCAGAAUCAGUCCAACAAUGAUGUCCAUAUGAACGAAAAUAUUCAGAUAGUGAAAGAUGAAAAGAACCAACCUCAGCAACAGAACUGCAAAGUUUUACCAGCCCAGUUUGGUCUUCAGAAUUUGAAAGAUAAUCUAAUGGACGUUCGGACGUCUGAUGGUUCAAUUUUAAAGAUAUCAGCAAAUGUUCAAGAACAAGAAUUAGUUAAAACUUUAGGUGUGGAAAUGGUACAAAAUAUGUACAAGGUAAAUGUCGAUGACCUAAACCAACUUCUGGCAUAUCAUGAAGUUUUUGGAAAGCUACAGGGGGAACUACCUUCAAGUGGUGCGCAAGGCAUAAUUCAAAGCACAGGGACCAGUGUAGGACUGCAGAAUCAGGGUUCUAAUGCGACAGUGCAAGCUAAGGAUGAACAAGAAGCAUCAACUAGCAAUAAUAUUGAGAAUGGACCUAGUAUCAUCAAUGGUAGUAACGUGUGUGACUUAUGUGGAAAAAUGUUUCAAUUCAGAUACCAGUUGAUUGUUCAUAGGCGUUACCAUACUGAGCGAAAACCUUUCACAUGCCAAGUUUGUGGUAAGGCCUUCACCAAUGCCCAGGAGCUUACACGACAUGGAAAAUGCCAUUUGGGAGGUAGCAUGUUCACUUGUUCAGUUUGUUUUCAUGUGUUUGCUAACAACCAGUCAUUAGAAAGACAUAUGAAGAGGCAUUCCACUGAUAAGCCUUACAACUGUUCAAUAUGUGGAAAAUCAUUUGCAAGAAAGGAACAUUUGGAAAACCAUACAAGAUGCCAUACAGGCGAAACCCCUUACCGAUGUCAGUAUUGUGCUAAAACCUUCACAAGAAAAGAACACAUGGUUAACCACGUUCGUAAGCACACUGGAGAGACUCCACACAGAUGUGACCUAUGUAAGAAAUCGUUUACAAGAAAGGAACAUUUUUUGAAUCACGUUAUGUGGCAUACUGGAGAAACUCCCCAUCAGUGCAGUAUCUGCAAUAAGAAGUAUACGAGAAAAGAACACUUGGCCAAUCACAUGAGGUCCCAUACAAAUGACACUCCCUUCCGAUGUGAAAUAUGUGGAAAGUCGUUCACACGGAAAGAGCAUUUUACAAACCACAUAAUGUGGCACACAGGGGAGACACCGCAUCGAUGUGAUUUUUGUUCCAAAACUUUUACGAGGAAGGAACAUCUUUUGAAUCACGUGAGACAGCAUACAGGAGAAUCUCCCCAUCGAUGUGGCUUCUGUUCGAAAUCUUUCACAAGGAAGGAACAUUUGAUCAAUCAUGUCAGGCAACACACUGGUGAAACGCCUUUCAGAUGUAGCUAUUGCCCUAAAGCCUUCACUAGAAAGGAUCAUUUAGUCAAUCAUGUCAGGCAGCAUACUGGAGAAUCUCCUCAUAAGUGUACAUUUUGCACCAAGUCCUUCACAAGAAAGGAACAUCUUAACAAUCACGUCAGACAGCAUACUGGAGAAUCACCUCAUCGGUGUCACUUUUGUUCGAAAUCCUUUACCAGGAAAGAACAUCUGACGAAUCAUGUUCGGAUUCAUACAGGAGAAUCUCCACAUCGUUGUGACUUUUGUCAGAAAACUUUCACCCGCAAGGAACAUAUGAUUAACCAUCUUCGACAACAUACUGGAGAAACUGCCCAUUGUUGCAAUGUAUGCUCCAAACCUUUCACGAGGAAAGAACAUCUCAUUAAUCAUAUGAGAUCUCAUACAGGAGAGAGGCCUUUCGCUUGUGGUGAAUGUGGAAAAUCCUUCCCGUUGAAAGGUAAUCUACUGUUCCAUCAAAGGUCGCAUAAUAAAGGUGCGCAGGCUGACAGACCAUUCCGUUGCGAUUUGUGCGAUAAGGAUUUCAUGUGCAAAGGACACUUAGUUUCUCAUCGUAGAUCGCACAGUGUGGAGAGGCCCCAUGUGUGUCCAGAUUGUGGAAAAACCUUUGUUGAAAAGGGUAAUAUGAUGAGACAUCUACGCAAACAUGCUUCAGACAAUGCGCAACUCAAUUCUUCGCAAUCUCUGACCUCUCAGAGUCAACCUCAAUCCGCCAAUUUGCAAAUACCGCAAGUUGGUCAACCCAAUAGUCCUCCAUCAGGGGGAACUAUUGUAACACAGCAACAACAGCAAGGACCUCCCCCACAUUUAUCAAUGCAUGCUCCACCUCCCCCUGGAGCUCACCCUGUCUUAGUGCCUGCACCCAACGGUAAUGUACUGGCCUCUUACUAGCAUUACUCGUACUGUUAUCUUUAAAUCUAAUAGAAAUUAGUUCCUUCUGUAACAGUAUUUUUCACCAGACCAUUUUUUUUUGUUAGUACCUCCAAUUUUUCUAUUCAUGACGAAUAUCUUGAAAAUUUUGUUCCUACUGGUGCUGCAUUAAUUCUUUCAUUGUUGUUUUGCUGUAUAACAUGAACAAGAAUUUAUUGCUUUUCAAGAUGUUCAUCAUUUUUGGUUUUUUAAUUUAUAGUUUAAGUAUUAAUGAAAUAAUUAAUAUGUAGAGUUUUCAAUGUAUAUCAAUUUUACGGAUUUGGACUAACCCAGUUUAAAAUGCUGAAUUGUCAUUUAUUAUUCCAUUAAAUCAUUGUAUAUUUCAGAAGAAUAAGAAAAUGAGAAUAUCGCGCAUCUCUUUUUAAGAAAAAUAAUAUUUCAAUGAAUAACUCGCAUCACAUCAAAAAGGGUUUGAUACUUUUAUAUCAAAUAAUUAUUCAUGUGAAAAAUAGUACCACACCUAAUGUAAAAUUUGACAACAUAUACUUCAAACACCAGUUAAGUGAGAACUAACCAUAAAAAGUAAUUCUUGUUGAGAGCUGACCUUUUCUUCGAAAAAAAAAAAAAAUUGCAAUAAUGAUAUGUGCUUUUCUUAUAGGGGUAGCAUUUAGUGAAAACAUUCAUUAUGUUUUGUCAAAUUGACAAUUUGGGGUACUCUAAAUUAAUUUUAAGAUAUCAAAUUGCUGCAGGAUAGGAGUGAUGUCCUUAUUCUCAUGAACAUCGAGCCAUUUAAUUGGUGCAAUAUUUUCUAAUUAUUAGAAAUAUUAUAUUUUAGUAUUUCAAUCUUUUAUGACAUUUUUUUUAUAAUUUUUGGUAUAUUUAUAUAUUUUUAUUUUGUUUUAUCGAUUGGAAAAAUGCCAGUGAAUUCUUUUUCAUAAUAAGUAUUGAUAUAGGUUAGGUUUGAAGAUCUCCAGAGAUGUCCUAUAAAAUGGGAAAUGUGUGAUAUAUAUUUAUAUUAUAUAUUUUUUGUGAUUUGCAAAGAUGAUGGUUUGAAAUGAUCGACUGUUGUGUGUUUCACACAAUUUGUAAUUUAAAUUCGAAAGAUGAAACCUUAGUAUAACGUUAAUAAUUAAAUUUCUAUGAGGCAAAUAAAUUUUUUAUAUACCCA